CGACCUCCCGCCACCUGCGCCGGCUUCCGCCCAGCUCGCCUUUGGGACAACUGAUGCAAGGGAGCUCCGCUUUCGCGUCAGCGCCGGCGUGGGCGAUGACGUCACCGCGCCCUGACGUCAGGCCAACGUGCGGCGCGGUCGCCCGGGAGACCGGGGAAGCCGUUUCACACCCUGCGGAGUCCCGGGCUAGACUCUUUUUCUGCAGUGCUCUCGGUACAUUUGGGGAGAUUAUGGAUCGGCACAUUCCCGUGCAUGCGUUACCUGAGGAAAUCCAACAGAUGUCUCCUGAAGAAACAGUUUGUAAAUACUGUGGCGUCAGCUAUCUAAUUCUUCAUGAAUUUAAAGCUAUGCAAGAAAAACUGAAAGCAAUGGAAGAAGAAAUGAAAUUUUAUCAAGGAAGUGUAGAACGAGAAAAGAGACUUCAAGAAAAGCUGCAAUCUCUUAGCCAGGAGUUUGAACAGAAUAAAACUGACAGUGAAUCCAAGAACAAAAGAGUUCAAGAUAUGAGCAUGCAGUUAAAAAUGCAACAAAAUGAAUUUCAGAGAGUACAGAAAGAAUUAGGUCAUCUACAGCAUGAGUUAAAAAUUAAACAAAAACAAUCCAAAAUGUUCAGUCAAAGAUUUUCAGAAUACAAAUACUUCUGGAAUAAGACUCUUUUAUUACUUAAUUUUACUAAAAGGGAACUAACCAGUAUUAAAUAUGAAAUAUAUGAUAAUUUUCAAAACUGGACUUCACUGAAAGGAGAAGUUUUUCUGCAAAUUAAAUCUAUAAGUGAUACAGCUUUAGCAGAAAUAGAUAUGCUAAAUAAAAGUCUAACAGUGUGCCAGAGAAAUAACUCAUGCCUCGAAGAGGAAGUGAAAAAUCUCAAAUUGUUGUCGGAUGCAGCCAUGUUAAGGACUCAGCAGAUGCAGGCAUCCAAACAACAUGAAGCAAACUUGCAGUCCAGGUGCUUUGAUCUGCAGAAGGAGGCACUAGAUUUACAGUGUCAAAUAGAUGCACUUGAGUUGCGACUUCAGAAGACCUCAAUGGAGCUGGACAACUGUAAAGAGACGCUCAUGAAAAGAUCUAAUGACGCUGAGAGCUGUCAAAGAGAACUUAGAAAACUGAAGUUUGAGUCCGUUAUUUCUGAGUCAAGACACAAAAGACUACUUAAAGAAAAGGAAGACUCUUUAAUUACUUGUCAACAACUAUAUAAAACUUUACAGGAAGAGCUGAAUACAAAAGAAAGACAAGAAGAAGAUAUAAAAAGAAGAAUCAAGAUCACAGAAAAUGAAUUAGAGAUGACCAAAACUCUCCUGCAUCAGACACAGGAAGAAAUUUUAACACUGAAAAAUGAAAGGGAAAUGAUGCUGGUUUCUCAUCAGAAAAGCAUCAGGCAGCUGCAGGAAACCCUGAGACAGAAGCUGCUGAGCGAUGAUAGCUGGAGGGAGAAGAUUGAAGCUGAGCUCACCAAGGAAAGAAACCAGCAUCUCCUUGAGUUCCAGGAGCAAGCUCUUCUCUUUAAGAAAGAAGCUAAGCUGCAACUUGACAUUGAAAAGGAAAAACACCAGGAACUAAUCCGGAAGUAUCAGCAAGAACAAGAGGACCUGCAGAUGAAGAUAGAUGACUUACUCGCAGAUGCUACAAGAGACCUGAGGCUGGAAGUGGCCUCGCUCCAAGAAAAACUCCGUGAGUCCCAUGCACGAUACACUGAAGAGGCCGAAUCAAAGUCAAAAGAAAUCGAAGACCUGAAAAAUUUGGUUGCAGAAUUUGAAUGUCGCUUGAAGAAGGAAACUGGCCACAAGGAUUCCGUUUCAGAAGACUUGAAGAAGGAAGUGAAACAGAAGUCAGAGGAACUGGAAAGAGUAAUGCUGGCCCAAACAGAGCUGCUGCAGCAGUUUAGUCAGUCCCAGGAAGAGAACACUUUUCUCCAGGAAACUGUGCGUAGAGAGUGUGAAGAACGCUUUGAACUGACAGAGGCUUUGAGUCAAGCCAGAGAACAGCUCCUGGAGCUCAGGAAGAGCGGAGGAAGCUUGCCGUGUUCCCUCAACAAGGGCGCCGUAGCCUACCCUGCCUCUGCAGUCGCUAAUCGCCAGGAGCGAAGCAGCGCGAAGCAGAACUGCCCACGAGGCACCAGCACGCCCACCCUGCAUGGACUGCCAAAACCCAUGGCUUCCCCAAACGUAGAUAAGCUCAAGAAGGUCGCCAGCUCCGGACUGCCCUCCAUCACCCAGCCACGUCCUUCCAGAGGCCGAACAUCCUCAGUGAACGAGGCCAGGCGCAGGUUGACAGCCAUCCUCCUGCGCAGCAGCAGGCUGAGUCAGCAGUAA